CUUGCGGCUGUUUGGUUUCGCUAUUCCGACGUGUUCCGAAAUUCCGGUCAUAUACGACAUACAGGCACUCUACGUGAACAUUUUCUCUCCGCCGAGCAGCCACGUCGGGUGAUCCGAUCGGUUUGAACCACCGUUGCAAUGUCCACAGACCUCUACCGGAUUCGAAUUGUUCGCGUCGAUGGGGUUCGACGCAUCGUGAUCUUCCGCGUGUACAACGUGUAUUAUGUUGGUUCCCACUCACUGCCCCAGCACCCCUCGUUCUUUGUCCUGCUGUUGACAGAUCCAUUGACGUACAUUGGGGCAGGUGGCGCUAGUUUCGCCGUCCUCGAGUCGCCGUUCAACGAAGCUGUGACGUUGUGCCAAGCCUUGUCGCGAGCAUGGAUGACCAAGCAUUCGCACGAGUACGUUGUGCGGAUGCAAAUCCAGUCGGACUCGUAUCAGCCGUGCACAAUUCCAGAAGUUGUGGCUGGGCAAGACAUGUUCGUGUAUAGUCGCUUCCCAGACGAAGACAAGCUCGAACAAGCAGAGUACGAAGUCGAGUUCACCGAUGCCAAGUGGAUGGAGCAUUUCAAAGAAGGCCACGUGUGGCAAACAACCUCGUUUGAUGUGCUCUAGUCUCCUUUAUCUUGCGCGAGGACGCAGCGCUUGGCACGAUCACUCCUUACGCCAACAAUUCCACCGAGCCGCCCCACGUCACGACAAGAUUUUCAGUGUAGUCGUCCAUACUCCGUUGAACACAGCACGUUUACCCAACAAGAUGUGAUGCAUAACGUAGCCAUCCACCAAGCCGUUCCACCAGUGGCCAUCUUGG